GUGUGUUCUCCAGACUCCUCUGCAUCUUCUUCCUUUCACAUUCUCACCAUUUUCUUAUCAUUUUCUGUUAUAGUUUUAAUCAAUGGCAGCCAACUUGAGCAACCCCAAAUUGACUGUCUCUGUAAAUGAUGUCGAGCAACAAACAACUCUCGAGCUCGACCACAAAGAUGAAAAAUUCGACUACUCAAAGCGAUCGCAAUGGCUUCGAGCCGCUGUUUUAGGCGCCACCGACGGCCUUGUCUCCACCGCAUCGUUAAUGAUGGGUGUUGGGGCUGUGAAACAUGAUAUUAAGGCCAUGAUACUGACUGGCUUCGCUGGCUUAGUCGCCGGCGCCUGCAGCAUGGCGAUAGGAGAAUUCGUGUCUGUUUACUCACAGUUGGACAUAGAGGUUGCUCAGAUAAAGAGAGACAAGCAAAGAGAAAAUCAAAAUGGAGUAAUUCAAACACAGCAACUAGAUGAAGAAGACGAAGAGACUUUGCCGAACCCUUUACAGGCUGCUGCAGCUUCAGCUUUUACGUUUUCUUUAGGUGCAAUGGUGCCAUUACUGGCUGCAGCAUUUAUUGGAGAUUACAACGUGAGGCUCGGCGUCGUGGUGGCAGCCGUGAGCGUGGCACUGGCCGUGUUCGGGUGGGUAGGGGCGGUUCUAGGGAAGGCGCCGGUGGUUCGAUCUUCGGCUAGGGUUUUGAUUGGAGGGUGGCUAGCCAUGGCUGUAACUUUUGGGCUAACCAAGUUGAUUGGCUCACGCGGACUGUGAAUCAAUCAAUCUCCUCUCACUGCUCUCAAGUUUAUUCUUAUGUUUGUUUUUUUCACACUAUAUGUUUGCACAAAACUAAUUUCUUUUUCUCUCUUUUCCUCUCCUAAUUUGUUAGUGGCAAAAUAGGAGGGAUUUAUCCAUAAUAUUAUGUAAUUUAUCAUGUUUUAAAUAAUAAAUACAAAUGAUGAGGUAGAUAAAUAUAUGAAAGUAUAA